UUCUCCAUGAUCUGUCAGAUGAGUGCUGUCCUCACAUCAAUAGCAUCUUCAAGAACUAGAGGGGCUCUCUCAUGCCCUUCUAGCAAGAAGUUCCUUCCACAUUACUCCCCCAAGUUUUCUCCAUUUUACACUCUAGUCCAAUUUUAACUGAUGGACCCAACCACUGCAAAGAAGCUUAGAGCCAUGAAGAUGUCCAAGAGGAGGAGUAACUUUCAGUUCGUUUACAAUCUCAUCCUCCAGCUCCUUAUUGCCAUUGCCUGUACUUUUUUUUGUUCCUAUUCUUUCUGGUUCCCCUUGGCGAAGCAAUUUCUCCUCAUCUCCCUCCCGAGUGUGAAUUCGUACCUCCUCUGCCCGAAGUGCUUGUUCGUGGUGGCGAACGUCAUAGUCAUCACCCUUGUCGGGGAGUCCAAGCUCAGAGGCUCGAAGGGACCAUCCCCUGGUCAUGAGAUUUAUGAUGAGUAUGUAAGGAGGAGCCGAAGUGGUGUUGUGAAGCAUCCGAUUAUAAGUUCGAACCAAAAGGAGGUCAGGAAAGAGGAGGAGUUGAUGGUUUGUCUAGUUGACGAAAAGAAAGGGAUGGAAGAAACCGUGAGUAAGGAUGUUGAAGAAAAAGAGUUCACCAGUGAAAUCGAAUCAUGUGUGGAGAAUAAGGGAGAGGAGAAAGAGGAAGAUGAUGAAUUGCCUAAUGAGGAAUUGAAUAGGAGAAUUGAGGAGUUCAUCGCAAGGGUUAAUAGGCAGAGGUGGCUCGAGGCCAGAUCACUAAUGAACCUUCCGACCCAAAAUGCCAAUCGGAACAUUGCAGUCUGUGGCUAAGGGUAUCGCGCAAAUGCACUUUCUCGAUAUAUAGAUAUAUUAUGUAACUCAGAAGUCGGAACAACAUACCGGACCCAUCUAAGUAGACUCAAGAGGACGGGGUGAAAAGGAGCCGAGAUGCUUCUUGUAGAUGUUUAUUGUCCGUAGUAGUAAGUAAGGCUAGAGGAGAGAUGAUCAGAUGUACAUGAUGCCUUGUAUGGCGCAUGUAUAUGUUGUAACGAAGCAUAUCCUUUUGUUCAUUAACGAUCUUCCUAAGUACAAUAAAUUAAGAUCCACUGCUA